GUCUAUCCCAUCAUUAAUUAGAGAAAUGGCAUCAACAUCUGUUGACGUGGAGUUAGGAGUCACUCCAGAAACAACUUAUUCUAUUGCAGGAAAGCAAAUCAAGUUUAAUGCCGAAUCUGAUAUUGAAAAAUAUGUCAAGGAAUUAAUAGCUCAAAAGAAUGUUGCAAAGAUUGAUUUCUCAGGAAAUACCAUUGGUAUCGAAGCGUCCAAGGCUUUAAGUGAAGCCUUAUUGGCCCACAAAGAUACUAUUGUUGAAGUCAACUUUUCUGAUUUGUACACUGGUAGAUUAAACACUGAAAUUCCUCAAUCUUUGGAAUACUUGUUGCCAGCUUUAUUGAAAUUACCUAACUUGAAGUUGAUUAACCUUAGUGACAAUGCUUUUGGUUUACAAACUAUUGAUCCAAUUGAAGACUACUUAGCUAAGGCUAUUUCUAUUGAACAUUUGAUCUUGUCAAACAACGGUAUGGGUCCAUUUGCCGGUGCCAGAAUUGGUGGAUCACUUUUCAAAUUAGCCCAAGCUAAGAAACUUGCAGGUAAGCCUUCUUUAAAGACAUUUAUUUGUGGUAGAAACAGAUUGGAAAACGGAUCCAUCAACUAUUUAGCUGUUGGAUUAAGAAACCAUCAAGAUUUAGAAGUUGUUAGAUUGUAUCAAAAUGGUAUUAGACCAGCUGGUAUUUCCAAAUUGAUUGAAAAGGGGUUGUCUAACAACAAGAAAUUGAAAGUGCUUGAUCUUCAAGAUAACACAAUUACCACUAAUGGUGCUAUCAAGUUGGCCGAAACUUUAUCUUCCUGGAACGAUUUAGUUGAGUUAAACCUCAAUGAUUCUUUAUUGAAGAACAAGGGCUCAUUGAAGUUGGUCGAAGCUUUACAUACUGGUGAUGCAAAGAAGAACUUGUUGACUUUGAAGUUACAAUACAAUGAAUUAGAAGUUGACAGUUUAAGAAUUUUGGCUGAUGCCAUUGCAUCCAAAUUACCCAAUUUGAAGUUUUUGGAAUUGAAUGGUAACAGAUUCGAAGAAGACUCUGAACAUAUCGAAGCUAUCAAUGAAAUAUUCGAAGAAAGGGGAUUCGGUGAAUUAGAUGAAUUGGAUGAAUUGGAAGAACUUGACAGUGACGAAGAAGAAGAAGAUGAAGAUGAAGAAGAAGACACCUUGGAAGAAGAUCUCGACUUGGAUGCCUUAGAACAAGAGUUGGCUGGUGUCAGUCUUGAAGAAAAGGAUUCCAGUGUUGACCUUAUUGCUGAUGAGUUAUCAAAGGCUCACAUUAAAUAGAUUUAUAAUAUUAUUGUACAUUCAUAGAUUAGUACGAGGCUGAUCAGAU